GAAAGGAUGUGGCUGACAGAUGGUACAGUGAAAUAAAAAAUUACAGCUUUCAAAACCCAGGGUUUUCUUCUGGGACAGGUCACUUCACAGCAAUGGUUUGGAAGAACACAAAGAAGAUGGGAGUUGGAAAAGCAUCUGCUAGUGAUGGCUCAACAUUUGUGGUGGCUAGAUAUGAUCCAGCUGGAAAUGUAGUAAAUCCAGGCUAUUAUGAAGAAAAUGUUCUUCCUCCAAGAAAAUAACUUUUUUUUUUAAAGGUAGUCUUAUUGCUUAAUGACAAGUGAACCUGGAUUUGGACUUAACAGUGUUUGAAAUGAAGUACGAUUCAAUGAAAUUUCCUGUUUGAUACUGCUGUUCACUUCUCAUUACAGGGGAAGCAAUUACAUGUUGCUUGAGUCGAUCUGCACAUUAGGUCCCUGUUGUUUCUGAGGGGGCUUCAGUUUAUUUGAGGAUGAAGUAUAUGCACCAUUUCUGAAGGGUAAAAUUUAUAAGGUGUUUUUUUUAAUAACUUGCAUGAACUCUGUGUCAGCAUGUGAGUAAGCACAUGUUGGAUGUCUCUUUUUAAACAAGCAAAUUUAUAGCUUUCUGUAAACUGAAGAUACCAGCUUGUAAUUUUAUCAUUUACUGACAGUUUUCCAGUAUUUUUUAAUAACUAUAACUUCUUUGCUCUAUCUAUACCUCCUGCUACU